AUGUUUGAUGGAGUCCCAGACCAAUUCCACCAAUUCAUAACUCCAAGAACCUCUUCUUCAUCACUACCUCUUCAUUUACCUUUCCCUCUUUCAACAACACCAAAUAAUAACAACAACAACAACACCUUUCCCACUUUUGAUCCUUAUAAUCAUCAUCAAUUACCAACACUCCAACUUCAACCAAACAAUCUCUUGCACCCAUUACACCAUCACAACAACAAAGAUGAACAAAAAGAACAAACCACUCCUUCAAUUAACAACUUCCAAAUUGAAAGAGAUCAACGACAAAUACUACCUCAACUCGUCGAUCCUUGGACUAACGACGAGGUUCUUGCACUCUUGAAGAUCAGAUCCAACAUGGAGAAUUGGUUCCCAGAUUUCACCUGGGAACACGUAUCAAGGAAGCUAGCUGAGAUUGGAUUUAAACGUAGUGCAGAGAAAUGCAAAGAGAAAUUUGAAGAAGAAAGUAGAUUUUUCAGCAACAUUAGUAAUAAUAAUAAUAAUCAGAAUCCGAAUCAGAAUCAGAAUAAUUACGGUAAGAAUUUUCGGUUUGUUACCGAACUUGAAGAGCUUUAUCAAGGUGGUGGUGGUGAGAAUAAGCAAGACAAGAUGAGGAGUGAAUCGAAUGACGAUGAUUCGAGAAGCGACGAGGUUUUGGUGAUGAAGAAAGAUGAAGAUGAGGUGUUUGAGAGAAGUACUAGAAAUGAUGAGAAGAAGAGGAAAAGAGGUGGUGAUAGAUUUGAAGUGUUCAAGGGUUUUUGUGAGAGUGUUGUGAAGAAAAUGAUGGAUCAACAAGAAGAGAUGCAUAACAAGCUUAUUGAGGAUAUGAUUAAAAGAGAUGAAGAGAAGUAUAGUAGAGAGGAAGCUUGGAAGAAACAAGAGAUGGAGAAAAUGAACAAAGAGCUUGAGUUGAUGGCACAAGAACAAGCUAUUGCUGGUGAUAGACAAGCCAAUAUAAUUCAGUUCUUGAACAAAUUCUCAUCAACUACAAAUUCUUCUUCCAUUUUAGCUUCAAUUCAAAGCAUUGAAAUCGGAAAACAAGACAAAUCCAAGGUAAUAAUUACACCUAAAAAUUUCUCAAAUUCUACCACAUUGCACUCACAAAACCCUAAUCCUGAAAUUCAUGACAAAACUCUUCAACCAACAUCUGAAAACCCUAGCUCAACUCAUCCUUCUUCUUCUACUACUUUGGCUCAACCUCGCAAAUAUACCGGCGGCGAGAAAGAAGAUAUUGGUAGAAGAUGGCCAAAAGAUGAAGUGUUGGCAUUGAUAAACUUGAGGUGCAAUUACAACAACAAUGAAGAAAAGGAAGGAAACAACAACCACACCAACAAAGCACCACUUUGGGAGAGAAUAUCACAAGGGAUGUUGGAGUUAGGAUACAAGAGAAGCGCAAAGAGGUGCAAAGAGAAGUGGGAGAACAUAAACAAGUAUUUUAGAAAAACAAAGGAUAAUGCUAAUAGGAAAAGGUCACUUGAUUCAAGAACUUGUCCUUAUUUUCAUCUAUUGAGCAAUCUCUAUAAUCAAGGUAAACUUGUUCUACAAUCUGAAAAGAAUGAAAGCAAUAACAACAUGAAUUUGCCAGAAGAAAAUGUUGUUGUUCAAGAGAAGAAAGCUCCACAAGAUGAAAACAAUGGUGGUAGCGGUGAGUCUUCUGAUCAAGUGGGGCCUGCAUGCUGGUAG